GCUCUCUCUCUCCAAGAGCUAAACCUAGAUACAUACACACAAAUUAAAGCACAAAGCUCUCAAACAUUCCUUUUUGUGCCUUUUGAAACCAGUGGAAAGUAAAGGCUCAUCUCUCUCUCUCCCUCUCUCCCUCUCUCUCUCUCUCAUAGCUUCUUUAAGCCAUGGAUACAGUUCACUGGCCACAGAUGAAACCUAUGGAAGAAAUAGUGGUACAAAACCCUAAGAAUAAUUCAUGUCCAAAACCAACCUCAUCUUUGGAAAGAAAGCCAAGACCACCAAAAGAAUCAGCUGUAAACUGCCCAAGAUGCAACUCUACAAACACAAAGUUUUGUUACUACAACAACUACAGCCUUUCACAACCAAGAUACUUUUGCAAGACUUGUAGGCGCUAUUGGACUGAAGGUGGGUCCCUUAGAAAUGUUCCUGUUGGUGGUGGUUCAAGGAAGAACAAGAGAUCAUCAUCAUCCUCAGCAUCAUCUACUUCCAUAUCAUCUCAUUCAUCAGCCAUGUCAAAGAAGCUUCCUGAUCUGGUUGUACCUCAUGCACCAACAACACUACUUUCUCAAAACCCUAGUAGGAUCAUGAUGCAUCAUGAACAUGGUAGGGAUCUUAAUCUUGGAUUCCCUCCAUCCGAUGAUUUCAAGACGAUUUCCGAGCUUAUUCAAGUACCGAAUUUCGACGUGUCAACCAAGAAUACCACUUCUAGUUCAGCCCAACUUUCGGCUCUAGAACUUUUAACCGGAAUCACAACAAGGGGUGUGAUGAACUCCUUUAUGCCAAUCCCAAUUCCUGAUCCGAAUUCGGUUUACUCGUCUUCGGGCGAGCUGAAUAUGAUUCCGAUGUCCGAAUUCAAGAUCCCAUCACUCAACUUUUCAUUGGAUGGAAUGGGAGGAAGUAAUAGCAUUCAUGAGAGUUCAAGUGGGAGGCUUUUGUUUCCAUUUGAAGAUCUGAAAACAAGCACAAUAUCAUCAUCCACAACUACUACUACUACUCAUGAUGGACAACACAAUGUUGAACAAAAUAGAGAUCAGAAUGGUGAUACUAAUGGCUUUUGGAGUGGAAUGUUAGGAGGAGGUUCAUGGUAAACAGUUAAAUAUAUAUAUUUAUAUUAAUAUCUUUUAUUUUAUAUAGAGUGUUCAAACAACAAUCUUUGGGGGUUUAAUUUCUUUUUCUAACGACUGCUUCAUAUGAUUGUUUUUCUAA